AUGGUUGACGUAACUACUAUACAAUCUGGUACAGUCUUUGCAUGGUUCAUGUUGUUAAUGGUUCUUCGACGUGUAGUCAUGUUGGUUGUUGCUGGUGUCGCAGCACGUGGUAAACCUCGACCGCCUGGUCGAGUUCCUGAAGAUUACGGAUCCAGAGGAAAUCCCGCAGAAAUACCAGUUCAACCAGAAUUUACUAAGGAUAUGCGUGUCAAUAAAACAAUUACUAAUGAUACUGAAAAUGACACUUACUUCUUAAUUUUACUCUUAGCAACAGUUGUUUUCUCUGAUCCCAGCAAUGGAAAUGUUAUUCGAACAAUAGUCUAUGGUGCCAUUUAUUUAUUUGCUCGGAUCUGUUUUGCAAUAGCAUACAUCAUGGGUUGGCAGCCAUGGAGAAGCCUAUGCUUCGCUAUUGGUCUUGCCUGCACAUUGGCUUGUAGUUUAGAUCUCGUUAUCACUAUGUCACGACGAUCCAACUAA